UUGCAAAACGUUUUGAUGGUGAUACUUAGACUUUAUUGGAUGAAUGAAUAUACCUCCUCCCUUGGAAUUGGAGUAUUCCAUUCAGGAAUAGAAGUAUAUGGCAGAGAAUUUGCUUAUGGUGGUCAUCCUUACCCUUUUUCUGGCAUAUUUGAAAUUUCUCCGGGAAAUGCUGCUGAACUAGGAGAAACAUUUAAAUUUAAAGAAGCUGUGGUUCUAGGCAGUACUGACUUCAUGGAAGAUGACAUAGAAAAAAUUGUAGAAGAACUUGGAAAAGAAUUUAAAGGAAAUGCCUAUCACUUAAUGCACAAAAACUGUAAUCAUUUUUCUUCAGCUUUAUCAGAGAUUUUGUGUGGAAAAGAGAUUCCACGUUGGGUGAAUCGACUCGCCUAUUUCAGCUCUUGUAUACCAUUUCUCCAAAGCUGCCUGCCGAAGGAAUGGCUUACUCCUGCAGCCCUUCAGUCUAGUGUCAGCCAGGAACUACAGGAUGAGCUCGAGGAAGCAGAGGAUGCUGCAGCAGCUUCCCUGUCAAACUCUGCAUCUGGGUCUAGGACUGGGCGCCACACCAAACUAUAAAUCUCUUUCCAAAGUAACACACAGUUCUAUACACGUCAGUUUGAUAUCUCCAGCAAUUGACUGUUACUCAACAUUAGAGAGCUGACUGUUGAACAUUCCUUUUAUACGAAAAAUGGCGCUCUCCAGCCCCCCAAGACCCAGUUAUUUCAGCUCAGGAUUAUAUAUGUAAUGGGAAAGAAUCAUUGGGAGAAAGGGGAAGACACUUGUGUAAAGCCACUCUUCAUUUUCACCUGUUCUAUGAACUUGGAUUUACAUAACUUCAGUUCUGUUUUAUACAAGAUCUGUUAUUUGUUUACAGUAUUGUGUACUGCUGUUUACAAGUCCUGUAUGGACUCCUGCCACCUUGAAAGAAGAGAAACUCUGGGCUCUAUUCAUUCCUGGUGUAACUCAAAAGGCAGUGGAGUCACACCAAGCAAUAAAUUUUGCCCUGUAUAUUCAUAAAUUAGAGGUGUAAACUUUCUCAACUUCUGACAGUUGCCAGAGAUAGAUGUAUGCAGAAAUGGCUGAGUACUGUAUAUGUGAACAGUGUACUGUACAUUUAGAGUGGUUGAUCUAAAAGGAGUAGAUGCCAGGAUGUGAGGAGAUUGGGUUAGUGUGUAACAAACAGUUCCUGGAAAUAUAACUUCCACAUUGACUAAAUUGUGGAGUUUUGCACAUAGGAAGGGAGGGUUGAUGUGUAAUUGCAGUUCAUGCUGUGUUUACACAUCUCCAUAGCAUCAUAUUUCAAUCAAUCCAUUUCUUUUUUUAAAAGGUGCCGCAUUUUCAUCCUCAUUUUAAAUGUUGAGUAGAGAUGUAAAAUCAUUUUGAGUAUCAGUUCAAAACUGUCACAUCAGGUCAUCUAUCUGGUUUGGUUAAUUUAAAAUGUGGAAUAAUUGGAUUAAGAAUUAGUACUUUGAAUUGUUUUGUAUGCUUCAUGUAACAUAAUACAUGACACAUGGGUAGGGAAUGGCCAUGCUUUCUUUACUCUUGAUUGUGCUUUUAGUUCUGUAACCAUUCUGAACUAAUGAAAGCAGAAUACUAUAUAUUAUUCCAUGCUAGAUUCUCCUACAUACAUAUGCAGAUAAUAGGGAAAAGUUGAUUUUAUUAUCUUUCUGUGGCAUUAACUUUUCUUGUCAUAUGCAAAGAAGACAAACUUGAAGAUUACAUACACCUUUAUAGUCACGCAGCAGAACCUCACUUAACUUGAGAUGUAAUAGCACAUGAAGAUAACGGAUAUAAAAUUUACUUUAGAAAAUGACAUUCUUGCUGGUAGACAGAUCAUGGAUUGUAAUUCAGUUUUAAUUAUAAUUAAUGAUCAGAAGAUGUUAUGGAAUGCCUUAUUCUUUAUUGUUCACUAACUGCAUUUAGAAAGUUAAUUUGAAACUUGGUUCCCCCAUUAUUACCAUAAAUCAAUGAGGUUCUACACACACACACAUAUAUAGUAGCAAAAGAUGGGAACAAGGCUAUUUCUAUUAGAUUGCUGCCUUACGGAACUUUCAGUGAACUACCCAAAAAAAUUCCAAACAUGAACAACAUUUAUAUACUGGUCAGUUCACACAUCUGCAUUACUAAAUUUCUUAAGAAGGUGUUUGGGUUUUUUAAUUUCCAGGAUGUCACUAGAUUAGAUAAAUGCAACAGUUACAUUAGAGUAAGGAUUUGUUUUAAUAGACUAAAUGAAAAUGCUGACUCUGUUUUUGUCAAUAGUUGAAUCCGCAGGUAGCGGGAUAAAAUCAUGCUCUAAAUUGCAACUAUAAACCUUAAGCAAGUAGUGCCACUUAACCUUUCAAAAGUGCAGAAUAGACUACAUCAUUCUAUUUAUAACUUCCAGAAGGGUCCAGUUAAAUUCCUGUUUGACAGUGGAAUUGCUGCCACUAGCUUCAGUAGGAGUUAGAUUGGGCCCCAUGGGGGAAAAAAACAAUUUGCAAACUUUAUAUUGGAUUCUUUUUGGGGAUAAUUGUAUAUUAAUACCAUCAAAAGAAAAGCCCGAUAGUAGCUUGUAAAAAUGUUUGUAGACAUUGGGUUUUUUCAGAACUGAACAGUAUAAAAAUCAUAUAAGGCUAUUUCUAGAGAAAACAAAAUAUCAUCUUACUGUAAAAGCUGCUUUGUUGUAUUUUACUAAAUAUCUUUAAGUAACAAGUGGUUAUUUGAGGCAGCUGACAAAUCUACUGACAGCAGUUUCCUUUGGUGACUAACAAGAGUGAUUAUUUUAAACUCCAGAAGACAUACAACUUGACUUUCCAUGUUGAUGUAUUUUCAUGUAGAAUUCUGAAUUGAGGUCCGUCUGCUUUUUCUCUAGUGAAAGUUAAGGUCUCAAGUCAUUUAAGGAUAAUUGAAGUAAAUAAAGCACUACAUACAGCUAGCACAGUAGUAAAUAGAUGGCGGUUUCUGUCUCCGCUCUAGAGCGGAGGUGAUAAUGUGGCUAUCUCUUGGCAAGGCAGGUUCUUUUCAGCUCAGGGUAGAGGCCAAUAAUCUAAGGGUCAUUUUUCCUAGGUUUUGAAAGAGACAUAACUGGUUUUCAUUGCUACCUAAUUUUUAUGUACCAACGUCAGAUUUUUAGGCUUCUAAUACACCCAGAGCACUGCCACAAAUCUCUACACUUUUGUAAAGUGACAACUGCAGCAUGUACAAUGCAAGAAGCAAAAUACAAAUACACAGCACAGUUUUUAUUGAAGUAAAACUAAGAAUAUUUUUUAUAAAGCAGACAGGAAAGUUUUGUUAUAAAAAUGUGUUUGGUAUUAGUAGUUGUACAGAUGAAGAUACUGUCAUGUUCUACUUUAUUUCAAGCCAUCCAUUCACUUGUUAAUACUGUAGAAAAAUAAUUGAUAUGGGAACCCUGAAGUCUAUUCCAUAUUGCAUCUUAAAGUGAUGGUUACUGUAUCUCUGAUAGUGUGCUCUAAACUCAGUGUCCACCUGAUGCCUAAAGAAAUCACCCUGCCAACAGUUGCUCUCAUUUGUUAGCAAUAGUGCAAGUUACCUUUCACCAGCAUUACUGCCAAGCAGGGAAUUACACAUUUAGACUACUAAUAAUCACACUGUGUAGUAGGAAUAAAACACUCCAAAAGGCUGUGUAUGCUGGAAACCUGUGGAAUCUUUCCAUCAUAAAACGGGUAGAAAAAUGUAUCGCGUCAGGGUUCUGAUCUGUUUGCUUUCUGGGUUUUGUUGAAUGUAAGAUAGUAUUUUUUGUGAUUAAA